AUGGUUUUGUCAGUUCUCGUCGCCUUUGGCGCCGUCACCGGCGCGUCGGAAGGGAUCAAGGCCUCUCAAGCCAAGGCCAGGAGAGAAGAGCACCGGAGUAGGAAGAACAAUCUCAUCGUCCACGUCCCAAAGUCAUCCGAAUACAGCCAGACUCUCGAGGGCCGACGCGUCGUCCUAUCAGGCAAUAAGCUCUUUGUUGAUACAGGACUCGACAACGAUGUCCCGUUCGGCCAUCCCUUCGAGGGCUACUUUCUGGGAUAUCCGGAGCUCAACCACCCCGGCCUCGUGUCUUCCAUCACUGAUGAGGCCCCUAUCAUGAAUUGGAUCUAUAUGGACGUGCAGACCUUCGAGUUGAAAUUCGGCACGCGACAGUUCUCAGAAGGCCAUCUGACAGGGCCGUUCGACUGCACCAGGCAAGACCGGAGGCUGACUUUGCAUGGCUACGAAAAUUUUGUAGCUGUACGAAACGGGCCGUUCUGGGCGCUCUAUUUCGACUGGGACGGGGACCACUUGGAAGGGAAAGUGCCGCCUGGGACUCCAGUUGUGGAGAUAGAUCUUGUGAGAAGGGAGUUGCGAAAUCGAAAACCAAGACGAAAGCCCGGCGAGGAGAAUCCUCUUGCACAAGACCCUCAAGCAGCAACAAAUCCGGCGACGAAUAACGGUGCACCAGAGACAGCUGCGCCUGAGAAGUCUGCACCACAAUCAUCGACAUGA